AUGGACAUCCACCGCUCGCGCUUCGUACCCUACCCAGCAGCCGCGAUCAACGCCCUCGCCUUCUCCCACACCAGCGGCGAGGACUUCCCAACCAAAGACCAACGAGACCUCAGACUCGCCAUCGGCCGCGCAAAUGGCAACAUCGAGAUAUGGAAUCCCGCCAAAGGCGCCUGGGUGCACGAGACUACAAUGGCUGGCGGAAAAGACAGAAGCGUCGAGGGCCUCGCAUGGACGCAAGAGCCGGAAGAAGUUGACGAGAAUGGCAAGGCCACGGUUGGGCGGCUGCGCUUGUUCAGCAUUGGCUACUCCAGCACCGUCACGGAGUGGGAUAUCGUGAGUGGGCUGCCGCAGCGCCACUCGAGCGGAAAUCAUAGCGAGGUGUGGAGUUUGGCUGCGCAGCCGCGAUGGCGAGCAUCGCAGAAGAAGGGUAGAAAGGAGGAUGCCCAGACACGCGAGGGAGAGUUCCGCGGGCAGAAUCUCGUCGCCGGCUGCGCUGAUGGCACGCUGGCGCUGCUGUCUACUGCGGAAGACGAUCUCAGGUUCCAGAGGUUCCUCUCGCGGCCGACAGCUAAGAAAGCUCGGGUUCUCAGUGUGACGUAUCAGAACCGCGACAUUGUUAUAGCUGGGUUCGCGGACAAUAUGAUACGGGUUUUCGACACUCGCAACGGAGCUUUGCUGCGCAAUAUCUCUCUAGGUGCUGCGCCGACUGGCGGGCCGCGCGAUAUUCUCGUCUGGACGGUGAAGUGUCUACCGAACGGCACUAUCAUUUCGGGAGACUCGGUAGGCAACGUCACCUUUUUUGACGGCAAGACCUACUCUCAGACACAACGGAUAUCGGGCCAUGAGGCGGAUGUUCUAGAUGUUGCGUGCAGUCAAGAUGGCCUAUCGGUUUACAGCUGUGGAAUGGACCGCCGAACAGUGACCUACAAGUUGCUCGGCAAGAGAUGGGCGAAGACUUCGCAUGUACGGCAGCACGAACACGAUGUCAAGACCAUGGCAACGUUCGAAAGCGAGAGAAUGAGCGUUAUCGCUUCAGGAGGUCUUGACACUAACCCCAUCAUCACACCUCUUCGGGAACAUGGGAACGAACAUUUCCGUACUCUGUCUGGUCUACCGCAGAGCCCUCCCAUUGCUAGCGCGCCGGGACAGCGGCUCCUUGUCAGCUGGUGGGAAAGGGAGGUGAGCAUCUGGCGGAUCCAGCCAAAAGGCCGCCAGAGCAAAAGCCGGAAACUGGUCGCUCGCAUGGCGCUCAAAGGCGAGGAAAACAUCGCUUCGGCGUCGAUAUCUGAUGCCGGCGAUCUUCUUGCCGUUUCUACCGCGGCCGAGAUAAAGAUAUUCCAGAUUAAGAGUCGACCGAAAGACUUGGAAUCUGGUUUGCGUCUGCGCCUGCGCAAGCUUGAAAGCCCACCGCCCAUGGCCAAGCUUGGUGCAAAACUCGUUACGCUCUCUGCAGAUGGCAGAUGGCUGGCCGUCAUCACGCACAACAGCAGCGUGCUCCUAGCCCGCGUCUCAAAAGACGAACAGGCCGACGGAAGAUUCAAGAUCCUCCCCAAGCUCGUAGAACUAAAUCGCCUUCCCCGCAAGCAGAAACUGCAGACCGCUCUAGUCGCCCCCUCAGGAAGAUACGAACACACCAUCACCCGGGCCCAGUUCUCUACCGAUAGUCGCGUCCUUGUCGUUGGAGAUCUCGCCGGCCACCUAGACAGCUGGGUCCUAGAAGGCCACCCCGACCCCACAGCGCCCGAAGUCGACAUCGCCGACCCCCGCUCCUCCGCCUCAUCCGUCGCCAGCGACGACGAGGACGAAGACGAUGAGAAGCACCCAGUGAUUCUGUUCGGCCAACACUGGAUCCCCAACCCCUCCGCCCACCUCCUCCCCAAACUAGACUCCGCGCCCCUCUUCCUCUCUUUCCGCCCCAACGCAACCAACACACCAGAACCGAACGGCAACCCGGCCGUCCAUCCCACGCGCCAUAACCCCCAUCCGCAUUCCCAUGACCUUCCGCAAGGCGACUACCGCCUCCUGGUCCUGAGCGCGCAGCACAGACUCUACGAGUUCGAUGUACUGAAAGGGGGCCUCACGGACUGGUCCCGCCGGAAUCCGACGUCUAACCUCCCCGCAGAGUUCCAGGGCGUAAGGGAUCGCGCGAUGGGCUGUGUGUGGGAUACGAGCAAUGACCGAGAGAGGGUUUGGCUGUAUGGGAGUAGCUGGCUUUUCAUGUUUGAUUUGGCGAGGGAUUUCCCAGCCAGCGAGGAGGUGGGUGGAGCGGAGAGGAAGAGGAAGCGUGGCGCGGAGAGAGAUGGGAGGAAGGGGACGAGCGGGGCGGGGAGCAGAGUCCCGCAGCGAGAGUUACCAGGGCUGGGACGCAAGAUGCGGAAAACGACUGCUGGUGCUGCGGCAGCGAGGGAAUGGGUCGUGCUUGGGGAGCGGCAGAGCCUGGUCUCGGACGAGGAGUCAGAAGCGGAUGCUGUUGCGCUGUCCGGUUUAAGAGUCCCAGGAGAGGAGGAAAUAGGUGGGGCGGAUGGAGACGAGGGGCAAGACGUGGAUGGGGAAAAGGCGGUACAGGCGCAGAAAGAGCAGAAGAACUGGCUGUGCGCGUAUAAGUAUCGGCCUAUCUUGGGCCUGGUGCCGAUUGGCGGGCAGGAAGAUGGCGAGGCGCUCGAGGUGGUGCUGGUGGAGAGGCCGCUGUGGGAUCUGGAGCUGCCGCCACGUUUUGUGGGAAGUCAUGAGAAGGAGUGA